CGGAAGUGUUCUCGACGUGUUCUCCCGCAUCCAGAAUAACAGUCGGAGAAUCUAGCCAUUUAACAAUAUUUGAUUGAAUAGCAUUAUUAACUACUUAUUGACCGGUAGUGAUUUAUAUAUCGCUUCAUUCAGAGGUCGUCUACCGUUAUUUUUAAACCGCGCGACAGAGAGCCGGAGAUGAGCAAACAGUCGCUAAACAUGUAACUUAAAUCGUAAUCCAGAGCCACGCGACUUGAGCUCGGGCUAAUUAUCAGACAUGAAGUUUAGAGAUGCUGUCAUCACAUCAUUGACCUUGCAAUGGGCCGCGUAGGCUCGGUAUGUAGAGGUUGACAGACACAUUUGGAGCUUUAACGUUAAUUGGCUGAGGGAAGAUGCAACAGGUCCCGUACGGAUCUGUGGAUCGAGACAAGCCUCUCAUCCGUGUACCGUUCACUCGGUUAGCGGUGAUCACAGUGUGUCUGCCUCUGCUCGGCCUCGUCGCCUGUAUAGUGCUGGCUCUGCUCUACCACUACAACGAUUCGACCUACACACACUGCCAGGUUCCUAACUACCUCCCAUCCAUCAGCGCAGCCAUCAGCCUGACCCCGGAGCGCUACAUCUGGCGUUUCAGCAUCGGCCUGCAUUCUGCUCCACGCUUCCUGGUAGCAGCGGCAUAUUUGAGCUUUUACCGCGGACGCUUCUCCAGGAGGCUGACGGAGCAGCUUCUGAGCGUUCUCACGUUCAUCUUAGCUUUAAGUGAAAAUGUAGGGCUGCUUCUGCUCACCUACGUCUCCUCCAAUGAGACCUACAGUGUCCAUAAGAGCGGCUUCAUCUUGUUUAUUGGCAGCUCUCUGCUCCACAUGAUGUUCACCUGCAAGCUGUGGGCCUUGAUUGCCAAGUAUUCCAUCAGUCCAGAGGAGAUGACGUCAUACCGCCAGAAGCUCCGCCUCUUCCUCUUCAACGGUUUCUUCUGUCUGUUGGCUGCUUACUUCUACAAGCGGCACAACACGUACUGUGAAGCAGGAAUUUACACAUUCUUUGCUCUGUGUGAGUAUCUGGUGGUGCUGUCCAACAUGGCCUUCCACAUGACUGCCUACUGGGACUUUGGAGGUAAGGAGGUGAUGGUUGCAACACCUCCCGAGGGAAAGCGCUACUGACACAGGAAGUGAAUACUUGCAUCAUCUCCCUGAGACUUGAGACACUAGGGCUCUGAGGGCGGCAUUUAGGGUCGACACUGGCUGAGCGAAGACUGUUCACGUCUAUCUAUUUUAACAACCUCGAUACAGAUGUUUUAAGAGAUCAGUGCUGUGCUACGUUUUUAACGAUUGCUUUGUUUAUUCAGGUGUAAUUGGAACCGCCGAUUAUUUUCUUCGAAUAAAUGUAUUUUGCUUAAACAAA